AUGAAGCUCAUUACUGUUGCUGCACUCCUUUCUAUCGCGACCUCUUCAUUUGCAGGGACCAUAUCUGCAGCACGUUCGGAUUCUGCGAAGUGGAUCAGCGUCGAAACUGGUAUUAUCGAAGCUGACAAUACAACCAGCAUCCUUGCGAAGCGUGUGGGUGCAGAGGUGGUUAGCUGCUACAACACAGGUACCAAGGUCGAUCGUGCGCCUUCGAUUUCUGUGAUCGACGACUUCUGCAACAAUCGUGCGAUCGGCCACCAUGUUGCAAACGGACAGACCCUCUAUUCCCGCUACGACUAUGGCUCAUUCACCAUAUAUGUGAGCGGUUCAGCCAUCAACGGCUGUAGCUUCACGAUCGACGGUAACUGCAACCGACUCCUCAGGCUGCCUCUUGACGGUUGCAACACAAACGGAGAGAACGGCAAGCAGGGGGGCUUCGAAACUGAUCUUUGCGGACAGUGGCGCUUCGACCCUGGAUCCAACGGCAGCGACUUCUAA